GCAAGGCACAGACUUCAAGACAAGGUAAAAGGUAAGGGACCACACCUUGUUAAGGAUUUGGGCAGAAGUGGUACAGAGAUAGUCCAACUGGACGAACUGUGAUUCUAGAAAACCCAAUGCUCACUUGGAUAUACCCUGCAUAGAAUGUAGCUGUGCCAUCCAUCUCUCUCUGCAUCCUCUGCCUACUACAAAAAUCACGCCACUAUGGGAGAAGUCCAAAAGGGUUUGUUUUCAGUCAUUGAGAAGCUAAAGGGAACUACAGAGCAAGAGCUUCGGAUAGUCCUUCUCGGUCUGGAUAAUGCUGGAAAAACAACUUUGCUAAAACAACUUGCUUCUGAAGAUGUAAACACCAUCACACCUACUCAGGGUUUCAAUAUUAAAAGUGUGGCCUGUGAUGGCAUGAAGUUGAACGUGUGGGACAUUGGAGGACAAAGAAAGAUUCGACCCUUCUGGAAAAAAUACCUUGAGAACACAGAUUUAUUGAUCUAUGUGAUUGACAGUGCAGACAAAAAGAGAUUUGAGGAAACAGGACUGGAGCUCUCAGAACUCAUUGAUGAGGAGAACCUGAAUGGUGUGCCAUUGCUUAUCUUUGCCAAUAAACAGGACCUGGCCACAGCCUCCCCGGCCAGUGAGAUCGCUGAAGGCCUCAACCUGCACACAUACCGGGACAGAGCAUGGCAGAUCCAGGCCUGCUCUGCUGUAUCAGGGGAAGGUGUACAGGAUGGCAUGAACUGGAUCAGCAACAACAUUUUAAACAAGAAGAAAUGAACCUGUCAACUUCCAUGUCUUAUUUUGUACAAAUGCUCUGAUUCUAGUUCUGAAUUAAUAUAAACAUUUUAAACAAAGUAAAAUAUAUUUUUCCUCGAACACACGUUCUGGAAUAAUUUUAAGGAGCUUUCUAAGUGUAUGUAAAUUGGCUGCCAACAAAGACAUAAAAACAAAAUUCCCCCUUUUUAUCUCUACUCUCUUACAGAGACUUUAUGUUGUUUUCUGACUAGAUAAAAUCUGUAAAUUAUGCUUUUGUUGUCACUGUUUAUAGAGAUAUAAAAAACUGCGGCAUAAAUAAUGCAAAAAAGCAGCAUUUGCAGCCUAAAAUACAGAUGACUCGUUUUGUUAGUUGUCACACCAAAGAACAAUGCAAAUGUUAAAACGCUUUUUAAUUUUACUUUGUGUAAGAAGAUAUGUGAAACCCAUGUUUGUCUCUUUGUUUGACUGGUUUUGGUAGUUUUUAUCCUGAUUUUAAUUCUAGAUCUUAAUUUUUGUAUUCAUACAAGAGCUAGGACUAUAGCCAAUGUUCAGAAUGUAAUCAUUUCUUAGUACUCAAUAAAUACUGCGUUGUAUUCUGCAAACUAUUUAUUUAAAGUAUGUGAAUCCGUAUUUAGUAGAUUAUGUGAUAAUGAGCAUGUCUAACACAAUACUAUUGCAUGAUCUGUAUCUGAACUGUAAACUCAUUAAGGUAUAUUCUGCAUUCAGAAAAUGUGCAUACUGUGUACAGCUGGCAUACUACUGCAGAAACAGUAGUAUGCAGGGCUGGACUGGUAAUCUGGCAUACCGGGCAUUUUCCCGGUGGGCCGGCGCACUUUGUGGCCAAUCAGGGGCGUAGUGGCUAUCGGGAAAACAGAGCGGAUCGGCCGCGAAACAGGCAGAAUGGGCCGUGAUAAGCUAAAAUGAGCCGCCGUGCUAUGCAGAAAAGGACAGCGAACACUCCACCCCCAUAA